AAGAUUUCACCUCCACCUUCCUGAGUAGUUUUUCGUUGAUUGAACAAACUAACUAACAUUUCAAGUGGUACUUGCACAACCAUUCAUAGUUGUGUGCCUGAGUCACUGACAGUGUUUUUACUUCGCAUCGCAUGACCCUGCUACGCCUACGCGAAAGCAGCAAAAUUUCAUGGCGGAAAUGCCUGCAACUCGUCGCGCUCGCUUUCCUGUUGGGUCUUUUCGAGCACGCAGCCUGUCUUAGGGCUACUUAGUUUUAUAACACAGAGUUACAUUUAUAAUGUGAGGUUUCCUGGACCUGGUCCUGGUGGUGAGCGCGUACUUCUAGAUUUAUCUCCGAAGGUAGAUGAAUUUGUCUCUUGGACCUCUUGAACCUCUGUCACUCUUACAACCGGUUAUUUCCUUGUGUAGACGAGGAAGUGAAGGGGACGAAAGCUCAAAAAAUCACUUUUCGAAUAAACGAUGAAAGACUACCGCAUCUAAUUUUCGACGGAAUUCACGUAGCAGAAGGGCCAGCAUCUCUGCACAUAAACAGGAAGAUUAAGGCAUCAGAUCAAUGAUGUCAUACAUGAGAAUCAUUUUUAUCAACUUCAACAUUAGUACUUUACUACGAGUCAUAAUUAGCCCACCACACAAACUGGUAUUACGUUUCAGUACGAUUCGAUAUCAGAUGACUGAAGGUGAAUUCUCUUUGUCCAGCUUAAAAGUAGCUUGCUCACUCAAGUCAUCAUCAUUCUAAGAAUGAGGUAAAGAAGAAGUGGAUCAACUCUAACUGGCGCACGACGAGACUGAUGUGGUGGAGAAUGAAAUUGAUGAGCACCAGAACGCAUUCGGGAGCUCUCCGGUGCUCAAACCCAAAGCGUUUCUCGAAGCGGACCUCACACCUCUUAAGAACAUUGUUAUAAGAAGCAUGUGACAACUGGGUACAACUUGAACACUUAUGUGACGACUCGGGAAGUAGAGGUACUUUCAAGUUCAACAUAAGAUAAUUGUUCAUUUACUUCUUCAUUGAUCCUCGUCCGCCAUAAUUACUCUGUGUGUGCUCAAGACUGUUCACAAUUUUCUCUGUCGGAUGAUUCACCUAGUCGGCGGCUCUUCGUCAGAGGUCAUCACGACCAGUUAAGAUAUUGAAAGUGCGUCGAGUAUUAGCUCUAAGUCUAAAGCACCUCCAAAACCUCUUGCGAUGCUCAAACAGCCCUACAUUUGGGGCAGAGUCUUGCCAAAGCCAGUUAGCGCGUAUAUUAUGUUAGUCAUUCGGCGUCGGAGCAAUCAAUAUUCAUCUGUCGAUGCAUCUCAUCUCGCUCUCCGGUAUCGUUUUGCAGCCGCUAUUUUGGGUGUGACUAAGUUGUACAAUCAAGACGACAGGUAUGGAGAUGAGGGGACUGAGAUGAACAUGAAUUAAGAAGCGAACAACUCUAAGCACACCGCGGAAGAGGAACAUGACGGCCACGGCGCUUUCACUGGACCAGAUUCGGCGUAUGGUUGGGUAGAAUUAAGGCUGGGGCUUUUUUAUCCUGUGUGAGGCAUCGAGAUCGACGAGAGUGAAACGAAACUCUAUUUAUUAUAAAUAUGGAGAGUUGUUGUAGUACGUCGGGAACUCUAUACAGAAAAUGAGCCUGUGUCUCGGCUUUGUCGUGAUCAUUAUCAGAUUGAAUCCUUACGAACGAUAGGUGUAGAUUUGUGGCCGAAUGUACGGUCUUAUGCGCCCCCUGUAUGUAACUUGUAUGACAUUAGUUGAACAAGUUAAGUAAUUGCUUGAAAGGGCGUUGGCAUAGAGUCCGAACGCAAAAAAAGACCUUACGGUCGUCAAGGGUGACGAUGUCAGGGACACACUCAUGACAAGUUGAGCAUAUUGAAGAAGGAAUAAGAGGAAAUAAAAGCAUCAUGGAGGUCGUGCCAUUAUUUACUAUGCGACGUCGGGAUAAUGAGAGCCUACCUCUAACAGGUCAGCGCUUUUUCGAACCGCCGCUGAUUAAGGCCUCGACGUAGACAAUUAUUGCUACGAUUGUUUGUGUUUUUGAGCUAAUCUUCAAAACAACCUGUCAAAGAAUAACACGAUUUUUUUACCGUUAUUGAAAUGGAUAACACGUUUAUCUUGGUAUUCAUCUAAGUAUUGCAAAACAGAAGCAUGGCUCCCAGUGCGGACGCCGUCAGCGAGUGGCGAGAAACUCGAGCUGAUUGGUCGUACACACUUUUUGUGGCGGGAAGACCUUAGCCCUCCGCCCGUUACAAUGUUAUUACCCGAAGGAACGAAGCUUCGCCUACUUCUGCCUGACCUUCGUCACGAAACAGUCGAAAUUAUUCGGUACAUGGGCGACACGUCGUCUGCCAAAAGUCUCCUAAGACAUGGAUGUUGGUUUAUUUUCCAAAGAUUGUGAUAUGAUCAGAAGAUCCCCGAAAUCUGUCCGUUCGUAAGUUCAUGAACGGACAGAUUUCGGGGGUCUUCUGAUCAUAUCACUUUGCAAGGCCUUCCCCUUGACAGUCAGCUCGGGAUCAAAGGCGGCAUGACAUGACAUCCCAAGCUCCCAAUGAAUAACCCGAGGAAGAUACUUGGACAACGUUCAUUUGAAUACGAGCUGGAGUAUGCAAUGUAAUCGGAUUACAUUUUUUGAGGUUUGAAUGAAUUCGAAUAGCUUUCUUACGCUUUGCAAGCAAGCGCCUUCGGACUUUGAACUCCAGAGGAGACAUCUAGUACCCCUUUUCACAAAUAUCUUGGUUUCUAACAAGCGACUAUGAGGUGAAACUACCGAACGGCGAGCGCCUUGUUACUCUUAUGGCUAGAUACAGACUUUUUCUUGAUAUACUUAUUUAUUAAUCCUUAACUAAGCACUUCUAAGGGUUGAGUACCUGUCCUUCCUCUAUCCAUACCUUGUAGAUCAAAAAAAAGCUGAAAAAACCAGGAACUACGUCAUUCCCGUCUAGCUGAUGAAAUGGUAUCUCUUCAAGAUCCAAAACUUUCCUCAUCGGCUAUAUGAAACGCAGCUUAUUGUGGAAUAGUUAGUUUAGUAUUUUAGGAUUGAUGUGUCACAUGCGUCCCGUGGUGAGGAGGUGAUGUUUCUCUACUUAUCGGGGCUAGGUAGUUCCUAUCUUACCAUUUCACAAGGCUUGCCCAAAUUUAUCUUGAGCGACAUCUUGAAUUCUUUCUCUGAGGAGAAGAACGUUUGCAAAAUGAACUUAGGCAAGCUCUACGAUACACUAAUAGAGAGGGUGGUAGGCCCUCGUGAUCUUGAUCAACAUUCUAAUGGGCCUAUCAACGACGAUACUUACCGCCCGGGAUCGGACGCGGAUGAGCCGAAGACCGGCAAGGACGAGGGCAGCAGUACCUCAUCUUCAUGCUGCUCGUAGGGCAGAUGUCAUUUGUGUCAGCGUUGGGUUGAAAAUGGUGGGAGGCACUGUCAGACUGAAAACUACUAUGAAGAUACUAGGACGAACCGUCGUACGCGUAAAGUUCACUCCUCUACUUCAUUGUUGUACCCAUCUUCUCCUUGCAUCUCUUCAGCGGACACCUCCUCUAAUAUUUUACGCAAUUCUCUUUCACUCAAUCCGCAUGCGCCUGGCAUCCACAUGCAAUUAUUUAGCGCAUAUGGCGUGACUUUUCUAACGCCAAUGUAAUAUUGGUAGACUUUGUUCAGGUAUCUCUUCAUUGUUGGACAAAAAGAAAUGAAAAUGCUUUACCCUUGUUCGUUAAUUUGCGAGGACACAAUAGUGAAAUCGGAUGC